UGUAAACAAAGAAGCUCCCACCCUGAUGAAGGAGACUCAGCAGAAAACAUAUGAGGAAAGUCUUCAGACUCUGAGCCGACUCUCAGCUUCAGAGGACAUUGAGCUGCAGAAGACAGCGGCCAUGUUUUAUCUACAGCUCAGUCAUCACUUGAAGUCUCCUCUACCAGACGCAUUGUUGGAGCCGGUCAUGAACUUACUGCUAUCAUCUGACCUGGAUGUUCAGAAGACCAUCUCUCUGUCUUUAGUCAAUCUGUUAGUGAAGAACAACGUGUGCAGAGCCUCUGUGGUUGAGAUGGGGAUGCUGGUUCCGCUCCUGGAUCUGAUCCGGUCCGGAGACUCCAGCGCUCAGAGCCACUCCUGCGCCUGCGUCUGCCUCCUCGCCUCCUCAGGUGGGUGCAGAAGGAUUUAA